AUGGUGAGCGACGCGGCGGCGCCGGUAACGUCGGACGCCUUUGUGGCCAAUCUUGAAGCCCGUCUUAACGCCAAAUUCGAGACCCUUAUCGGGACGGCAAUGGAACGCAUCAUUGCCAAGGUCAUGGAGGCCCUUCCCACCAUGAUUGCCCAACAUGUCGCGAAUCUCCCCCGCACCUCUCGCCGGGCCGGUCCUCUUAAAGAUCCGUGCCCUAAGAGUUGCGGGUCGGGACCCCUCUUGAUUGUUGGCGAUUUCAACGCCCCCAGUCGAGUCGAGAAACGGGGACGCAAGUUGGCGGAGCUUGCGUCAACGUUGGGCCUCACUCUUCACACGGACCCCGUCCACCCAACCCGUAUAGGCAAUUCCGUGACACGGGAUACGUGUCCGGAUUUGACCUUUACCCGCAACAUUCAGUAUGCAGACUGGGUCAACACAGAGGAAACCCUCGGUAGCGACCACUGCAUCCUAAACACUACAAUUCGGACCAAGCCAUUAGCAAAACCCACAACACAGGCCCGACUCCCAGAUUGGUCCAAGUUUAGGCAAAAUUACAACACAGCCACAUCUAUACUCGAGCAAGGCUACCAGUCAUGGUCCCAACAAUUGGUUUCUAGCCUUCGCUCCACCGAAACCAAAAUUCAGCUUUCCGAGGCGGUAUCGGACGUGGAUAACCACCUCCUCCACCUCUGGGAAGCGCGGCAUUGCCUCGUUCGCUGGUGGCGCCGACAAAAGCAUAACCGCAAGCUUAAGGCUCGAAUUGCCGAGCUCACCCAGCGGGCGGCCGAGUAUGCGGCCCAGCUCGCACACGCCAACUGGGUGGAUCGUUGCAACACGGCGGCGCGGCAGAUGUCCAGCAGGAAUACCUGGCGGCUCUUCCGUGCCCUUAUCGACCCAACGGAGACACGCACAGAAACUCAUAAACAUCUACAACGUGCCAUACACAGUUUUCACGGCAACACAACUCAGCUAGCGCACAAGUUACGAGACCAAUACUUGUGCACUACCCAGGACCCCUGCGGAUCGGCGUACUCUUAUGCAGGUUCGGAGAACGCUGAGCUGGAUCAGCCGUUCCAGCUCCACGAUUUGCGGGCAGCCCUGGCGAAAAUGAAACGUGGCACAGCCCCGGGUCGGGACAAAAUUACAGUCAAAUUACUCGCUAACUUACCCGACCCGGCCUACCAGUCAUUAUUGGAUUACAUCAAUUCAAUCUGGCUCGGGGACGCGCCACUCCCCAACGAUUGGAAAACCGCUCUGGUCACUUUCAUUCCUAAACCUGGCAAGGCCAUCAACACGGACAACCUUCGCCCCAUCUCUCUCACCUCGUGUGUGGGCAAGCUAAUGGAGACGAUGGUGCGUGACAGGUUGUCCGAGUUCAUGGAAAAUCAACACAUCUUCGCAGACUCCAUGUUCGGAUUUCGCCCGCACAGGUCCGCACAGGAUAUUCUGCUACAACUCAAUCGGGACAUCCUUGACCCGGUCGAAUGCCCCCACAACGAUAAGGUCGUACUCGCCUUAGACUUGAAGGGGGCCUUCGACAACGUUACUCACGAGGUAAUACUCACUCAUCUUUCACAAACCGGCUGCGGACGCAACGCGUUCAGAUACAUUCGGCAAUUUUUGACAGAUCGUGACUCCUACAUUAAAAUCCAGGACACUGAACACGGUCCCUUCCGACUUGGAACCAGAGGAACACCACAGGGUGCAGUGCUGUCUCCUCUCCUAUUCAAUCUGGCAAAGAUGCACCUGCCGGCCCAAUUGGGUGCUGUCGCUGGUGUGCAGCAUGCGCUGUAUGCCGACGACAUCACCCUGUGGGCCACGCAGGGCUCACUCGGAGACAUUGAGGCCAACCUGCAACAAGCGGCGACCAUAGUGGACCGUUAUGCUCGCCACUGUGGCCUGCAAUGCUCCCCUCAGAAGUCUGAAUUUGUACACAUACGCCCCUCACCAAAGUGUACAGCCAAAAUUGAGCUCUUUCUGGAGACAGGACCGAUUCCUGAACACACAGAAGUCCGGGUACUGGGGCUUUUCAUUGAUCAACAUAGACGGUCAAACACUACCCUGGCCCAGCUCCGUAAGCUGGGGGACCAGGUGGGCCGCAUGGUCCGCCGGGUUUCCAACAAACGCGGGGGGUUGCGGUGCAAAGACGCCUUGCGGCUGGCGCAUGCAUUCGUGACCAGUCGAAUCUUAUAUUCGACUCCUUACCUCCACCUUCGGAAACAAGACGAGGAUGCACUCGAAGUCAUCCUCCGCAACAUUAUUAGGCGAGCCCUCGAUCUCCCCGUGAACACCUCCAACCAGCGACUCCUGGGUCUAGGCAUGGUGAACACGUUCCGGGAGCUCCGAGAGGCUCACUUAUCUAACCAAUACACACGCCUCUCUAAGACACUGUCGGGUCGCCACCUCCUUGCCCGACUCCACAUCCAACACACCACCCUUAUGGAAGAGCGUUUGCGACUCCCUUUCGAGUGGAGAUGCGCCCUCCACGUACGCCCUCUUCCUAACAACAUGACACGUGAGGACCAUAAUGGUCGGCGCCUGGCGCGGGCGGAAGCCCUGGGCCGCCAUUUUGGGUCGAAACCCGGCACUUAUUACGUGGACGCCUCUGGCCCUCACCAUGGGGUAUGGUACACGGCCGCAGUCGUCCACCAGUCCAAAACAGUUAACGGGCUUACAUUUCGCGCCCGCGACAUAACUCAUGCGGAGGAGGUCGCCAUUUCACUGGCUGCUACGCACUCUGAUUCCAAAACAAUUAUCUCCGACUCGCGAGGGGCCUGA